GGAUUUAAACAAAAGCCCCACAUAAAUCCCCAAAAUAAGCCCUUCCGCUUUUCAACUCAACCGCGCCGGCCUUCCAAACUCCACUCACAUAUUUACACACAGUCUGGAGAAAGCAAAAUCGACCGAGGAGAGAGAUACAGAGAAGGUACUGAGAGAAAAUUCAAGGCUGAGGAAAGUCCGGUUCAAUUUCGGCUGAGGGGCGGAUUUUGCGAGAGCUGCUACUACACGCCGCCGCAUGUAGGUUCCUCAAUGAUAAGGUCGAAUUAGUAAGUGGGUUUUUUAAGAACAAAUUGAUCGAAUUAGUAAGUGGAAUUAGUAAGAGGAACAGCAAUGGCCUACGCAGUUUCACCGCAGAAAUCUUUGAUUGAGGUUCAUAAUUCGCAUAGGCUGAACUCACUCUCCAACCGAGCAGAUAUAAAUUCGGAUGCAAAGGCUGCAGUUCCAUCUUCUGUAUGCUAUCGCAGAACUAAAUGUGCUCUGCAGCAGACUGAAACGAAUGGUGCGAGAUCAUCACCUUCUUUGUGGUGCAGAGGGCAACAAGUGGGUGUUCGUCUUGAUAGGCGCAGCGAAGGUAGCGAACAAGAGAUUAAAUCAGAUGGUAAGAUGGGGGCUGAGAGGAAAUUCAUCGGCAAAAUGCAUCCGAGCAAGUAUUCAUAUUCGUUGAAAUUUGCCUCGGAUGGUUCCUUUAUUGAGAAUGAGGAAAAGACCAACAAUGAAAUCCUCCAAAGUCUGUGCAGCCGUGGGAAAUUAGUUGAAGCAGUGAAGUUGGUAGACGUGAUGACGCGCAGAAACCAGAUUCCGGAUUUCCAGUCCUGCAUAAACAUGAUCAGAGGUCUGGUGAAUGCUAAGCAAACAGACAGGGCUUAUAAGGUUCUUCAAUUAGUGGUUAUGACUGGUCGGAUUCCUGAUAUCAUAACAUAUAAUAUGAUGAUUGGUGGUUUGUGUAGAAAAAGGUAUCUCGAAGCUGCUAUUGAUUUGCUUGAGUGCAUGAGCUUGAGUGGUUGCCCUCCUGAUACCAUCACUUACAACACAAUUAUACGAGCCAUGUUUGAUCAAGGCAAGUGUGAGGAGGCCGUCCAGUUUUGGAAGGACCAGCUCAUAAAGGGAUGCCCUCCUUUUGUGAUCAGUUACACAAUCCUCAUUGAGUUGGUGUGUAAGAAAAUUGGAGCGACGCGGGCUCUGGAAAUCAUGGAGGAUAUGGCAGCUGAGGGGUGUUAUCCUGAUAUGGUGACUUUUAACUCCAUUGUCAAUCUUACUUGUAAGCAGGGAAAUUAUGAAGAAACUACAUUGGUCGUGGGCAAUCUUCUGUCGCGUGGGAUGGAACCAAACACUGUAACAUACAAUACUCUACUGCAUUCUCUUUGUAUGUAUGGGUGUUGGGACGAAGUAGAUGAGAUGCUCUCCUACAUGAAUGAAAGCUCGAACCCUCCUACAUCUGUGACAUACAAUAUUAUCAUCAAUGGUCUGUGCAAGGAGGGUUUGGUUGAUCGUGCUAUUGACUUCUUUCAUCAGAUGGUUUCACUUGGUUGCUCUCCUGAUAUUGUUACUUAUAACACCUUGCUAUGUGCACUGUGUAAGGAGGCCAUGAUAGAUGAAGCCAUUGAGAUUCUUCGCCGCUUGGUAAAUACAAAUUGCUCUCCCACCAUUAUCACUUACAACAUUGUGGUUGAUGGAUUGGCCAAGCAGGGAGCGAUGGGGAAGGCAAUGGAGGUUUACAAGUUCAUGCUGGAGCAUGGGCCUCGUCCUGAUGAUGUUACAUAUCGAUGCCUGAUUUGGGGCUUCUGUCGGACAGAUCAGGUUGAAGAAGCCGUGGAGCUGCUGAAUGUGAUAGGUAAGUAUAGCAGGCGCAGAGUGAGGGACAACUGUUAUAGAUUCAUCAUUCACAGAUUAUGCAAGAAGAAGGAAGUGGAUGCCGCUGUUGAAGUUGUGGAACUGUUUAUUUCAAGUAGAAUAAAGUGUGAUCCCAUCUUUUGUGCCACCAUUAUUCUAGGAAUACAUGCUGCGGGAAUGAUUGAUGAAGCUGCGGAGCUGCGCAAGAAGUUGAUAGAGAGAGAGUUGCUCUCUCUUUAGGCUGGCAAUGUAGGUUGAGUAUUUCAGACAGGAAUGAGAGGAGGCGUGCGUGUAUGGAUGUGUUUUGAGUUAUUCUUAGGAAGAGAAGGGCAAGUUUUGAGUUCUUUGUAGGAAGGGGAGGAGAAGGGUUUUUGAAGCUAAAGAAACUCGGAUUUUACACUUUCCCAUUUUUGAACAUUAUAGAAUGAUUCUAGAUGCAGGUUUUGGCCCUUCAUUCUGUUCUUUUUAUGUAUGGAUUCUUUACUCGAAUGAUGAAUUUUGUAGCAUUUGUUCAAA